AUGUCUGCCAGCCCUGGCGGGCACCCAUCCUCGCCCUCCCCCCCCACCCCCUUCCUGGCGGCCUUCUGGAGGUUCCUGAGGCCACACACCAUCCGAGGCACCCUGCUCGGGUCGUGCGCCAUCACGGCCAAGGCCCUGGCGGAGAACCCGGCCCUCAUCGACUGGGGUCUCCUGCCCCGGGCCUGUCUGGGCGUGCUGGCCCUGCUGGCCGGCAACGGCUACAUCGUGGGCAUCAACCAGGUGUACGAUGUGGAGAUCGACGCCAUCAACAAGCCCUGGCUGCCCAUCGCCGCUGGGGACCUGAGCCUGCCCGUGGCGUGGGCGCUGUGCCUGGGCCUGGCCGCCGGCGGGCUGGGCAUCUGCGUCCGCUAUUUUGGCCCGGCCAUCGCCAAGCUGUACGCCACGGGCUUGGCCCUGGGCACGGUGUACAGCGUCCCCCCCCUGCGCCUGAAGCGAUUUGCGGUCUCCGCCUUCCUCAUCAUUGCCUUUGUCCGCGGUUUCCUCCUGAACUUUGGCGUGUACCAGGCGGUGCGCGCCGCCCUGGGCCUGCCCUUCGUCUGGAGCCCCGCCAUCACGUUCAUGACGGUGUUUGUCGCGGUGUUUGCCACGGCCAUCGCCAUCACCAAGGACCUUCCCGACAUCGCGGGGGACAGGGCCAACAACAUCCAGACCUUUGCCACGCGGCUGGGCAUGCGGCGCGUGGCCUGGCUCGGCUCGGGGCUGCUGCUGGCCAACUACGUCGGCGGCGCGCUGGCCGCCGCCGCCAACCCCGUCGCGCUGAAUGCGCGGCUGGUCGUGCCGGCGCACGCCCUGCUGGCGGCCGCACUGACCUGGCAGACGGCGCGCAUGGCGGAGACGCAGGCCGGCGUCACCGCCUACUACCGCUUCGUGUGGUACCUGUUCUACGCGGAGUACCUGCUGCUGCCCUUCAUCUGA